GCUGAGCGUGCGGGCUCUUGCAGACCCCGGCCUCCCGGGUGCGCUGCAGCGGUGUUUCGCGGACCCUAUAAACGGUCGCGCCCACGCCCGCCAGACCCCUAGUGGGGUCUUCCCCUGUGGGAUGUGCAUUCCCCUGUCGCCUCCUAGGCUUGUCAGUUCUCCGCAGGUCACACCAGGGUCCCACAACCUCACCUUCCUGCUCCUCCGCAGUUUCCUGUGGCUUACAGAGAAGCCUUUGUCUCCAGGCUGGGUGUUGGAAACUUGGCUCUCGUGGCACUGUCCUUCAGCGGGGCUAUUGGACUGACUUUUCUUAUGCUGGGGUGUGCCUUGGAGGACUAUGGCGUUUACUGGCCUCUGUUCGUCUUGCUUUUCUACGUCAUCUCGCCCGUCCCCUACUUCAUUGCCAAGCGGGUCACAUAUGACUCCGAUGCGACCAGCAGUGCCUGUCGGGAGCUGGCGUAUUUCUUCACGACUGGGAUUGUUGUUUCUGCUUUUGGAUUUCCCGUUAUUCUGGCUCGCGUGUCUGUGAUCAAGUGGGGAGCCUGUGGCCUUGUGCUGGCUGGCAAUGCUGUCAUUUUCCUCACGAUUCAAGGCUUUUUCCUCGUCUUCGGAAGAGGAGAUGAUUUCAGUUGGGAACAGUGGUAGCGCUUUAUUCUGACGGAAAGCAUCGAGUCUCUUAGUAUUUGUACUGUACGUAUACACGUGUGCACAUGUGGUGUUUUCUUACGGAUUUUAAUACGCUGAGUUUUUUAUACCUUUAUGUCGUGAUCAUCCGAGGGAAGAUGCUGUAAACGAAAGAUGAGGUUUAUUUGUAACAAACAGGUCAUUCCAUCGGCUCCGAUUUUUCUCGGGAUGUGCUGGGGCAGAUGGGUUAAAGCCCAGGAGAACUGGCAUUCUCGUGUACACUGUAGGCUCAUCUCAGAGUCUCAUCCACACAGAGCAUCAACAUCUGCCAGGAGCUUAUCGGGGAUGAAGGAUCUGAAGCCCCCGUUAGACCAGGUGCAUUUGAUGGGACUCCACCUUCUCACGUGCAUGUUAUCCCAGAGGAGUAAGCAUCAUAUCCAGCUCCCCGUCUUCUCCUUGACACAACCAUGUAAUCUGUGGGGGUUUCAUGCUCAUUUGCAAAAAAAAAAAAAAAAAUCCUGCCCCUUGUUAAAAACAAGUUCAGACUCUUGGUGUUUCGAAAAUGUCUAAACCUAUAAUAUCUGUGAUGUUCCUCAACUUUUGGGGGACCUGGGUAGGGUGUGGUGGCAUGCAUGCCUCUAAUCCCAGCACUCAGGAGGCAGAAGUAGGCAGAUCUCUGUGAAUUUGAGGUCAGCCUGGGCUACAAAGUGAAUUCCAGGACAGCCAAGGCUACACAGAGAAACCCUGUCUCAAAAAACAAAAGACAAAAAAAAAAAAAAAAAAAAAAAAAAAAAAAAAAAAAAAAAAAAAAAAAAAAAAAAAAAAAAAAAAAAAAAAAAAAAAAAAAAAAAAAAAAAAAAAAAAAAAAAAAAAAAGAGCAAGCAACAACAAAACAUUGGGGGAACCUCUUUUUAGGAGGGAACAAUUAAGUCCUCACAUCAUUUAAAGGUCAAUAGCUGUUUGCACAGAAUAAGUUACAAAAUCACCCAAAAGCCCCUCUGGGAUGCAGGGAGGGAAGCUGGACUGGAACCCAUUCCUGCUUUAAGUGGAGGAGAACACAGACAAUUCUUUGAAAUUUCCUUUUAAACUUUGUACUUCCCUGUCCCUUUCCGGUGUCUCCUGUCCCUGCCCCAUUUGUGCUUGCUGGCGCUGGCCUCUCCUGGAGGUGUGUGAGGGUCAGGAGCAAGCAGAGGGUGAGGGCUUCUUUGGGUUUAUGUUGGUGCCCUUUUUGUCCUUUGUGUCGAACUUGAUGUCGCCUCCACAGGAAGCACGGGGAUCCACCCCAAAUUGGUUCUUAUAAACCAUUUUUCUAGCCCAUCCUUUUUUUAUCUGCGACCUAUCGGGAGAAGGAAGCGAAAACAGCCACGUCCUGAGGACGCCGACAGCGGUCAGCGGAGCUGCAGCAUUAGUGUUGGUAGCUGGCGAGUGUCCAGAGCACUGGACCCUUGUGGCUUGUGGUCUGAGGACUCAACACACCGUCUCCAGGUGGUGCGACACUGCGACCAGCAGACGGACAGACAGCGGACAGCGUGCAAUGUUACCCUUUGGCCUUGUGCAUGAUACUAUGUUUUCAAUAUUUUGUGCACUUAUAGAAUUGUUGUCGUUUCUAGUAUUGACAUUAGAAAAAUUAUUUAGAUACUUGAUCAUUUUAACCAGCAUUUUUAAUCAUGACACUUGCUAUUGCAAUAAAUUAGACUUUCAACACUGA